AUGCGACCACAGCUUGUACAGCUUCGUGGCAGGGAACGAUUACAGUCUACACAGCUUCGUGGUAGGGACCGACCACAGCCAGCACAGCUUCGUGGCAGGGACCGACCACAGCCUACACAGCUUCGUGGCAGGGACCGACCACAGCCAGCACAGCUUCGUGGCAGGGACCGACCACAGCCAGCACAGCUUCGUGGCAGGGACCGACCACUGCCUACACAGCUUCGUGGAAGGGACCGACCACAGCUUGUACAGCUUCGUGGCAGGGACCGACCACAGCCAGCACAGCUUCGUGGCAGGGACCGACCACAGCCAGCACAGCUUCGUGGCAGGCACCGAUAA